GUCUCCUUGGUCUUGGUCAACUCCUCCUUGCUUCUUCCUCUCGUUCCUCUCCAGUCUUCUUCCCAAGACUCACUGGUUUUGUUACCUUCCACGGCAUCCGAGAUGUCGUCGUCGUCUACACCAGGGUUUGAAGUAUUUCUGAGUUUCACGGGAUCGGAAACUCGGAACGGCUUCACAAGCCACCUUUCCCAUGCUCUCAAGCGGAGCGGCAUCAGGACCUUCUUGGACGAGGAAGACUUGCAGAAGGGCGAGAGAAUCACGGAGACUAUUUGGCGGGCGAUCGAGGGGUCGGCGGUCUGCAUACCCGUGCUCUCUCAGUCCUACGUCGACUCAAGCUGGUGCUUAAUGGAACUUGCCAUGAUGGUGAACUGCAACAAGAAGAUCAUUCCCAUCUUCUAUGACGUCGACCCGACGGUGGUGCGGCAUCAGAGCAGUCUGUAUGAGGCAGCCUUCGUUCGCCAUCGGCUGCGAUUCGAUGAGAAGACGAUCAACGAGUGGAAGGGUGCCCUAAAAGGAGUAGCUGAAAUCUAUGGUUAUGAUCUCCGGAACACUGCAAAUGGCAAUGAAGCAAAGCUGGUGAACAUGGUUGUUGCGAGGACUUGUCGUGAGUUGAACAACGUAUUACCCUCAGAAGCGAGCUCAGGCUGCUCUAUCGACCCAGAAGAAACCGAAAGCGAUGCAGAACUGCAAGCCAUAGAAGAGAAGCUCCGACAGCAGAAGGACCCGUACUUGAUGGAGCUUGAACUGCACCGGAAGCAAAGCAAUACGAGAUGCACGUCAAGCAGAAAAUGAGGGUCAGUUCUUCCGCAUAUCGAGAGAAUUUAAAGAAACAACUGGAUGCUUUCUUGAACCAGAUUCAUCAAAUGAAGAUGCAACAUCUUCUCAAUCACAUGGCUCCUUAAAAUGAAAUAUUGUUAAAUGGAAGUCAUCUUUCUUUGUUAACACAAUUUCGUUAUGCUGUUUCUAAAUGUAUCAGAUACUCCCAGGAAAAGAAAAUGAAUGCU